UUGGUAUGUGACCUUAAUGCUGCGGGGCCACCAUCGCGCGAUGUUUUAAAAUGGAAAAAGGUUUGGUCGGAUUAUAAAACUCAUUUGAAAGCAAAAAUGCGUCGGAAUAAAAUAAGUAUUUCUGGAACUGGUGGUGGUCCUCCAAGUCAUUGCUCCUUAACACCGUUGGAGGAGCAGGUUAGUGAGCUUCUGGCAAUGGAAAUAUCCGUCAGUGGAAUAAGCGGCACCUCAGAAUUUGGUGCAGCACAGUUAACACAACCAAGUGGGUCAGACAUUACAACCGACGAAUUCCGACAGAAUGAACCAACGCCAGUGGAUGAAAUGCCACAUUGUUCACGUCAGAGAGUCGCUCCGCAAAAGAAAGAUAGCCUUUUAAAUAAGCAGGUGGAUAACCAAAUCGCUUAUCACAAAGGUUCAUUAAAAGUGUUGUCUGAAAUUAAUGUAAACCUAAAACGGGAUAAUGGUUCACCGCUUACAUUUUUCUUUGAAGAAUACUUCGAAGAAAAUUCGAUGUAG